UUUUGCCGACUCUCUCCAGUCUGGAGUCAUUGCUCUCCAAGUCUCAACUCAACAAUGAAAAUGGCUUCCAAUGUUGAAACAUUCGUUCCUCCUUCUUCGAACUAUUACCAUGUCUUAUUGAGCUACAAAUUGGAAGAUACUAACAAGUCACUAGUUAGUUAUCUCUAUAAAGAACUGGAACGCAAAGGUCUUCUCUGCUUCAAAGCCAAUGAAAAACUCCCGAAAGAGAAAUCAGUUCCUUCUGAAAUCUCGAAUGCUAUCGGACUGUCAAGAUUUGCGGUUGUUAUUAUCUCAGAGACCUAUGUAUCUUCAAAUUGGUGCUUAGAUGAGCUUGAAAAGAUAAUUCAAUGCAAGGAAACUAAGGGACUCUCUGUUCUUCCUAUUUUCUACAACGUGGAUCCUUUACAUGUCAAAGACCGAGUAGAUUCUACGCUGGAGCUGGAGCAUGUGCAGAGAUGGAGAGAGGUUCUAAACAAAUUGGCUUUACUUGAUGGCUUUAAUUCUCGAGACUGGACUGAUGAUCGCAAGCUAAUUGAAGAAGUUGCAAAAGUGAUUUUGAAGGAAUGGACUGAUAAAUUCUCAAGUGAAAUUAAUGGCCUCAUUGGAAUUGAUUCGCGCAUUGAGCAAAUUCAAUCAUUAUUAACCGUGGAAUCAGAGGGUGUUGUAUUUUUAGGAAUUUGGGGAAUGGGUGGUAUUGGCAAAACCACCAUUGCUAGAGCUCUGUUUGAUCAAAUCUCUAAUGAUUUUGAAGCUGCUUAUUUUGUUGCAAAUGUUAGGGAAGAAUCAGAAAAACGUACACUACUUCGUUUACGAGAUGAAAUUCUUUCAAAAAUUUUGGAGGACAAAAAUUUAAAUAUAGGGAUGCGUAGCGUAUUACCCAGGUUAAUUGUGAACAUACUUCGACGGAAAAGGAUCCUUAUUGUUCUUGAUGAUGUUAGUAAUUUACAACAAUUGACAACUUUAGCUGGAGAUCAUAAUUGGUUUGGUUUAGGAAGUAGAAUCAUUAUAACAAGUAGAGAUAAGCAAGUGCUUAUGAAUAAAGCUGAUAAAAUAUAUGAGGUUAAGGGAUUGAAUCACUAUGAAGCUCUUCAAUUACUUAGUUUGAAGGCUUUUAAGCAAAAUCAUCCCUUUGAAGAUUAUUUAGAGUUGUCACAAAGGGUUGUCUGUUAUACUAAAGGUGUUCCUUUAGCUCUUAAUGUUUUGGGUUCAUUUUUGUACAACAAGCAAAUAGAGGAAUGGGAAUGCACAUUAGAUAAGCUAGAAGAAUAUCCUAAUUUAGAAAUUCAAAAGGUGUUAAAGAUGAGUUUUGAUGAAUUAGAGUCGGUAGAUAAGGAUAUAUUUCUUGACAUUGCAUGUUUUUUCAAAGGAGAAGAUUUAGAUUGUGUAAUGAGUAUUCUAGAUGGUUGUGAAUUUUUUCCAAAUAUUGGGAUUAGUCGUCUUAUUGAUAUGAGCCUCAUAUCCGUGGUAGAGAACAAGUUAGAUAUGCAUGAUUUGCUACAAGAAAUGGGUCAGGAUAUUGUUCGGCAAGAAUCAAAUAAAAAGCCUGGAGAACGUAGCAGGUUAUGGAUUCCUGAAAACAUUCAUCAUGUAUUGACCAAGAAUAAGGCGAACAUUGCAACUGAAGGCAUAUUCUUAGACAUCUCCAAGAUUGAAAAAGUAAACUUAAGUCCUGUAGUUUUCUCAAGAAUGUGUAACCUGAGAUUGCUCAAAUUAUAUCACAAUAGCUCUUUGUCAUGGAAAAAUCCAACUGGCUUUGUGUCAGAAUCUGCAGCAGACUCAAGUGAUGGCCUUCAAUCUCUUCCUGAUAAGCUAUGUUAUUUCCAUUGGCAUGGAUACCCUUGGGAUUCUUUGCCCUCUAAUUUUUCUAUGGAGAAUCUUGUCGAACUUAACAUGCCCUUUAGCAAAGUUAAAGAACUUUGGAAUGGAGUUAAGCCUCUUGAAAAGUUAAAAAGGGUUGAUCUUCAUGAUUCUGAGCACCUGACAACACUCCCUGAUCUUUCUUCCGCUUUCAACUUAGAGAGGCUAAUUCUUGAUAAUUGUACAAGUUUACUAGAGAUUCCCUCCUCAAUUCAGUUUCUCCACAAUCUUGUUUAUCUUAGUUUAUCUAAUUGCAAAGAGCUGCAAAGUCUUCCAAGCCUCAGUUCUUUGAAAUCUCUUACGGUUCUUAAUCUCUCUAACUGUUUAAACUUGAAGAAGUUUCCAGAAAUUUCUGAGGACUUAGAAGAGUUGCAUUUAGAUGGAACUGGAGUGGAAGAAUGGCCUAAUUCUAUUCAAUCUUUUCACAAGCUUAUGAUCCUGUCUCUGGAUCACUGUGAAGACCUUAGAAGUUUGCCAAGCAAAAUUCAUUUGGAUUCUCUUGAAAAACUCGAUCUCUCAUGGUGCUCCAAUCUUAAGAAGUUACCAGAGGUGGUAGGGGAUGUUAAGUACUUGGAUUUAGGAUACACCGCAAUAGAAGAAUUGCCAUCAUCAAUUGGGUCUCUCUCUUCACUUGUAAAGUUGAAUUUGGAAGACACAAUGAUAAAAUCAUUGCCCCCGUCAAUUGGGAAUCUCUCUUCACUAGUUGAAUUGAAUCUUAAAGAAAGUUCAAUAGAAGAACUGCCAUCAUCAAUUGGGUAUCUCUCUUCACUUGUUAAAUUGCACAUGGCAGUGACUAGUAUAGAAGAGUUGCCGUCAUCUAUUGGACAUCUUUCAUCACUUGUUGAAUUGAAUCUCGAGAAAAGUUCAUUAACCGCAUUGCCCUUGUCAAUUGGAGGCCUCACUUCGCUUGUUAAGUUGAAUCUAGCAGUGACUGAAGUUAAAGAAUUGCCCCCAUCAAUUGGGUGCCUUUCUUCGCUUGUUGAAUUGAAUUUGAGUCAAUGUCCAAGUCUUGGGAUUCUUCCAAGCAGCAUUGGUGAGCUGAAAUGUCUCGAAAAGCUUUAUCUUUGUGGCCUUAGAAAGCUUAAAAGUCUUCCAAGUGGCCUUUCUAAAUUGAAAAGACUUCAAGAUCUUUAUCUCAAUCACUGCACAAAAGUUAGCAAAUUGCCCUCUUUAUCUGGUUUUGGCUCCUUGAGAGAUCUUGUUCUAAGCUACACUGGCAUAAUAAAAAUUCCAGGCACUCUUGGCUACCUAUCGUCAUUGCAGGUUCUACUUCUAAAUGGAAACAAUUUCAUGAGAAUGCCGGCAAGUAUUAAACAGCUUUCAUGGCUGGAAGUCCUUGAAGUAUCCUACUGCAAGAGACUCAAGUCUUUGCCAGAACUUCCAUCCCGAAUAAGAGUUCUUCUUGCACAUAACUGUACAUCCUUGAAGACAGUAUCAAAUCCAUUCAUUCAACCCCAAGAAUUACAAGAACUAUCCCCGGAAGAUAAAUUUGGAUUCACAUUUGCUAAUUGCAUUAACUUGGAGAAGAAUUCAUGUGGCUACAUUGUUGAAAACACAUUGCUCAAAUUUCAACUUUUGGCAACUGCAUUACAGCAACUUUCCACAAGACAUGGAGAUAUACUAGUUUCGCCUGUUGUUUGUUUCCCAGGAAAUGAAAUUCCAGAGUGUUUCAGGUAUCAAAACACAGGAUUUUCCAUAACUACACUGCUCCCUCCUAAUUGGUAUAAGACGAAAUUAGUGGGUUUCACUUUUUGUGCUGUUAUUGAAUUGGAGAAUACUCCUUAUCAAGAUGGUUUCGUAUUCCAAUGCAACUGUCGCAUAGAAAACGAGUAUGGUGACAAUCUUGAAUUCUGUUCCAAGGAGAUCGGAGAAUGGGGGAACCGAUUUAAAUUUGAGUCAGAUCAUAUUUUCCUUUGGAACACAAGCUGUGUUGAUGUGUUAACAGAGGAAAGAUACAACCGGCUAAGGGAGAAAUCUUGCACCGCCACAUUUGAGUUCGGGUCCUUCGUUGAGGACGAUUUUAAAGUAGGAUUGCCUGCUGCAAACAAUUUCAAGAUCAAAAGUUGUGGGUUCAAUCCAGUAUACUCGAAAGGGUCCGAGAAGGAACCGAAUUCAAAGCAGAGUUGCUUAGAUUUUGGAGAACAGUUGAUGGAAAUCCAAACCAACAAGAAAAGGAGCUUUGAAGAGUAUGGAAUACAGGAGGAGAAAAAGGAAUCGCAACAUAAGAAAUUGAAAUAAUUCCUACCUGAGCGUCCUGUCGUUUUGUAAAACUGCAAAAAUCAUUUAACACCCGUCUAAUCCUUUUAUUUUUUUGCUGGUGAGUGCAACAAAUUUAUGAAAGAAGUAGUUAUUGCACUUCAUUUACUGGAAUUAGGUUGUGAAAUUAGUAAAAAAAAAAAAAAAAAAAAAAAAU